CCAACGCCGCAAAGCCACAACCAGAGGGCAGAGACGCGGCCCGGGCGAAAGCCCGUCUCACCACUCUGUGAGCAGUGCCCCCCGCGGUGUUGCCUGUCAUGUGUUGCUGCCGUGCGGCAGCGAAGCAAUUUCCGACUGUCUGUCAUUGACGAGGGGCAGCUGGAGCCGCGUUGAGGUUGAGGGGCCUUGGACUGCUUUUUCUGUGGCUGAGCUGCGCUUCACUAUUACGGGGCCCAAGUUUGGGCCAUGGACACGGCGGGUUGGCUGUAUAUAAGGCAGCUGGCUACCGGCUGCCGUUGGCUGUUGUUUCGAACCUCACUGACCGACCACUCCUUCCUGGCUUUCACUCCUUCGUGCCUUCCAUUCUGUAUACGCCUGUUGCCUCGCCGACUUGCCCUUCAACCUCAUACACUCCUUCGCCUUUGCCCUUCUGGAGUUCCUCGUCUGCCCGCGCCCUUGGCACCGACCACGGUUCGACAAUGCAGUGCCCAACCUGCUCGGGAAACGGGACUGUCAAGUGCGAUCACUGCGGCGGCCACGGGUGUGGCGACUGCAAGCACACUGGGCGAGAGAAAUGCCCGGUGUGCGAGGGCAGCGGCGACAUCCACAACGACUCGUGAUUCCAUCCGCUUCCAUCCGCAUCGGCUUCCGGAAACGUCCCUCUAUCACAGCCUAAAACAUGUCCGGGGAACGCGUGCUGGGAGAUCAGGGAUCCCUCGGUAUGUUUACACAUUGGCAUCGGCCCCAAUUGCACAUGCAGCUGGGCAGUGUUUGUUUGCAUCCACCUCAGCCUCUUUGCCCGGCAACACUCGAUGGAUCCACGAUUGCUUCGCCCAUCCUAUUUUCUUAUCGCAACACGGCUUUGCGACGCUUAUCGAACGCUGGGAUUGUUGCGUGGUCAGUGGGGUGAUGCUGUGCAGCGCGCGGGCGCAAGGGAGCAUCACGUGCAGGAGAUUAUACCCUUUCGAGCACUUUGCGACAUGGCGCCGAUUGGCCAGACGCAGUUUGACCGUGCUUGAUUGGCCGACGGCUCUGGUAAAUUGAGAUUUGCUGGAAUUUUGAGGACGGGGGUUGGUCCUUUGAUUUGCUUUUUGUUUGCGGCCGAUCUGUGCUAUGACGUGGGCUGGCAUCUAACGGCUGGGGUUCCACCAUUUCGUUUCAACCCCUUUCAACAACACAACUCCAACAACACGGCCCAAUUUCCCUUGUGCGAGCGGAGCUCGGCACUCUCAUUCGGACACGGCAGUUUCUACCUAUUUCCGUCUCAUCUCU